AUGUUUCCUCCGGUGGAACAGAUCGUUCAGGAGGGCCCCGACGCGCCAAGCUCCACCGGGUUUUCGUCGAUCGUGAAGUCGAGGGGCUUCGGCAGCAGCAAGGAGAUGAUGUCGACGCGCUACCGCAUGCACGCGCCGGGGGUCAUCCGCGUACGCUCCGAGGGCAAGAAGGAGGGGGAGCCGCUGUUCGGUGCCGCUCUGCACUGCAUCCCGCUAGGGAAGGGUCGAUCGCGCCUCCUGUUCAAGACGUACGCGAUGAACUUCCCUCCGAUGGUGGGCUUUAUUUACGGUCUCAAGCCCAAGUUUUUGCGGCACCUCAACUCGUGCAAGAUCUUGGAGCAAGACAUGAACCUGAUUUGCGCCCAGGAGGACCACGUGGCCAGGACCGGCAAGACACUGUCGGAGUCGUUUCUGCCCAUCAAGAGCUCGGACGUGCUGGUGGUGGAGCUGAGGAAGUGGCUCGACCGCGUCGGCCACGGUAUGCCUUUCUUCGAGGGCUGGAAGAAGAGCAAGGAAGCGGCCGACCUUAACGACCACGAGGACUGCCGCCGCCCCAGCCACCGUGCUUUCGAGAGCCGGUACCACCGGCACGUCCUAAUCUGCGCCGAGACGCGCAGAGCCCUAGCCACCGUGAAGCGGGUCAAGAAAGGAGGCCUCGCCGUCUCGGCCCUGCUGGCGGCGGCCUCGGUGCUGCUGUCGAGAGCGGGCGCUGCGCGUGGCGCCGCCGCCGCCGCCACCGCCGCCCCACCCGGAGUGGGGGGCCUCGUCGCGGCGUUAGGGUCGCUGUGUUCGCUGGGGUUAGCCGCGGCCGCGAAUGCUCUCGAGGCGCGGUUUUACACCAAUUUUGAGAGGCACCCUUCCCUGGGGUGA